CGGGUAACCAACCCCGGUGGAAACUUUGGUCGUAUGCUGACUGGGAAGGGGGAACGUACGCGGCUGUUUCCUCAUGUUAGGGGCGGCGUACAACAGCGUCUGACCCGGAGCGGGCGGCUGAAUCAUGAAACGCGGUGUCUCGUCAGCUAAAUCUAAGACGGCAACCCCGUCGCGAGACUAGCCAUCGCCACCCUAGUAAGGUAGCAUGGCAAAAACACUUUACUACGAAUAAUCAAGAAGAAGAAACGGACCGGAUCAAUCGGCAACGACCUAGGCGACGAAAAAAGGACACUGAUUGGAAACUCGGAACAUGGAACUGUAGAUCGCUGAACAUCCCGGGUGGCGACAGGAUCCUACUGGAUCAGUUGGAACCCCGUCACUUCAGCAUCGUAGCGCUGCAGGAACUUUGUCGGAAAGGAGAAACUGUACGGAGGAUGUGUGGCCACAGGGCCCAGUACUACCAGAGCGGCGGCACAACAAAUGAGCGGGGUACCGGCUUUAUUGUGUUAGGCAAGAUGCAAAGUCGUGUGAUCAAGUGGCAGGCGAUCAUCGACAGGAUGUGUGUAUUGAGAAUUAAAGGCCGGUUCUACAAUUACUCCAUCAUCAAUAUGCACUGCCCGCACGAAGGAAGACCCGAUGGCGAAAAGGAAGCCUUCUACGCGCAGCUGGAGGACGUCUACGACGGCUGCUCGCAGCGGGACAUCAAGAUCGUCAUCGGGGGUAUGAACGCUCAAAUCGGAAGGGAAGACUUGUAUAAACCGGUGAUCGGACACGAAAGUCUGCACACCGAAACGAACAACAACGGCCAAAGAUGUGUCAACUUUGCAGCUUCCCGAGGAAUGGUAGUCCGAAGUACAUUUUUCCCCCGCAAGGACAUCCACAAAGCCACUUGGAAAUCACCUGACCAACAAACAACGAACCAAAUUGACCAUGUGCUCAUCGAAGGACGAUUUUUCUCGGACAUCACCAACAUACGCACAUACCGAGGUGUGGACAUUGACUCGGACCACUACUUAGUGGCGGUUUGUAUGAACUCAAAACUGUCGACUGUCUACCAGCCACGACAGAGCCGAUCCCCGCGGCUCAACAUCAAGCAGCUACGGGACCCGCAAGCUGCCGAAGUCUACGCACAACAGCUUGAAGCGGCACUACCCACGGCAGAGGAGCUCGGCGCAGCUUCUCUCGAGAAUGGCUGGACCAUGAUCCGCACGGCCAUUAGGGAAUCCGCGACAACGACACUAGGAACAGAGGCGCCGAGUGUCAGAAACGACUGGUAUGAUGGGGAAUGCCAGGCAGCGGUGUCAGAGAAAAACCGGACCUGGGUAAAUUACCUGAGAGUAAGGACGAGAGAGAACCUGGUCAAAUAUAGACGGGCAAGGAACGACAUGACCACGAUCCUGAGGCGUAAAAAGCGCCAGCAAGAGGAUCGUGACCAUGAAGAGCUAGAAGAGCUGUUCACUGCUAAUGAGACGCGAAAGGUCUACGAAAAGGUUAACCAAUCCCGUAAAGGCUAUGUGCCGCGAGCCGACUUUUGCAAGGAUAUGGCAGGUAACCUCAUCACGAACGACAGCGAGGUGGUCGACAGGUGGAAGCAGCACUUCGAUGAACAUCUGAAUGGCGAUGCAACAAACGGAAGCGGAACUGGAACGGACCUGGGAGUGCCAGCAGUAGAUGACCGGGUAUUAGCCCCCGAUCUCCACGAAAUUCAGCGGGAGAUUGGGAGGCUGAAGAACAACAAAGCCACCGGCAAAGACGGCCUGCCGGGCGAGCUCUACAAACAUGGUAAAGAAACGCUUGCUAGAGAACUACACUGGGUCAUUUCCAAGAUCUGGGAAGAGGAAAAACUGCCGGAAUAGUGGAUGGAGGGAGUCGUCUGCCCCAUCUAUAAGAAAGGCGACAAGCUGGAGUGCUGCAAUUAUCGUGGCAUUACGCUUGUCAACGCUGCAUAUAAAAUACUCUCCCAAGUUCUAUUCCAACGUCUAACACCUUUAACAAGGAGGUUCGUGUGGCAGUACCAGGCGGGUUUCAUGGGAGCCCGUGCAACCACGGACCAAAUUUUUUCAAUCCGACAGAUUUUACAAAAAUGUCGUGAGUACAACGCAUCACAUUUUUAUCGACUUCAAGGCAGCCUAUGAUACAGUUGAUCGAGAACAGCUAUGGCAGAUCAUGCACGAGAACGAGGAUAUCUUCCCGGAUAAACUGACGCGGCUGAUCAAGGCUACCAUGAACCGUGUGAUAUGUUACGUGCGUGUCUCGGGGAUGCUCUCGAGUCCCUUCGAGUCAUGCCGAGGAUUGAGACAAGGUGAUGGACUUUCUUGUUUGCUUUUUAACAUCGCCCUCGAAGGUGUUAUACGAAGAGCGGGCAUCGACACGAGUGGUACGAUUUUUACGAAACGGGUUCAGCUUAACGGCUUCGCUGAUGACUUCGACAUAAUAGCACGAAACUUUGCGACGGUGGAGGAAACCUACACCAGACUGAAAGCGGAAGCUAAGCGCAUUGGACUGCUGAUCAAUGCGUCGAAAACUAAGUAUAUGAAGGGAAGAGGCUCCAAGGAGAACAAUGUCAGCCUCCCACCCCGGAUCACCGUAGACGGCGAUGAGCUUGAGGUGGUAGACGAGUUCGUGUACUUAAGAUCGCUGGUGACCGCUGACAACAACACCAGCAAGGAGAUCCGGAGACGCAUUCAAGCGGGAAAUCGUGCCUACUUUGCACUUCGUAAGACAAUGAGAUCCAAUCGAUUGCGCCGCCGUACAAAGUUGAAACUGUACAAAACACUAGUUAGACCGGUAGUCCUCUAUGGGCUAGAGACGACAACACUGCUCUCAGAGGACCUUAACGCCCUUGGAGUUUUCGAACGGAAGGUGCUGCGAACCAUCUACGGUGGAGUACAGACUGAAGACGGAGAAUGGCGUAGACGCAUGAACCAUGAGCUGCACGCGCUGCUAGGAGAGAUCCCCAUUGCACAUCUGAUCAAAGUUAACAGAUUGCGAUGGGCCGGACACGUCGCAAGGAUGCCGGACGACAACCCGGUUAAAACGACCCUUUUCAGUAACCCCUCCGGCACCAGAAACAGAGGAGCACAGCGUACACGAUGGCUUGAUCAGAUUGAAAGUGACCUACGAGUGAUAAGACGCCUGGGAGCAUGGCGCCAUACAGCCCAGAACCGAGUUGAAUGGAGACGACUUCUUGAUACAGCACGAGCCACCCCGGCUCUAGCCUGCUAGGUAAGCGUUCAUCCGGCACAGCUUCCGAGAAGGGUGUCCUGAAAAGAAGCAGAGAAAAAAGCACACAAGACAAUGCCAGAACCUGUAACCCUGGUUCUCAAAAUUCCAUUUCCUGUGGUGGCGAAGGAAAACAUUUCGUUCGCAAAGAAAAGAAGGAGGGAAUGAGGUCAAGCGUGAGAAACCAUUCAGUUGAGCGUGUAAUAAAUUCUACGGAUUUUUCUUGGUUCUUCCCAGCAGGACUAUACCAAGCAUUCGCCGGUGAUGAUUCAGUUUACUACACUAGUUCGUUGCUUUCUUUGCUAACUGCUUCUACUUUGGAGACGGAAGCAACUGGCUAUACGUAAACUUAUCAUAUCGGUCCAGAUUGGCGAAGGCGGAGUAGAUAAAAUUGCCUAGACGUUUAUCGAACAAAGUGGUUUCGAUCCCGGUACUAACGAGAAAUAAAAUCUGUCUAGGAAAUUUGAUGAACAAAAUAAUUCACAUGACAGUCGGGAAAGUUGCUCACAGAACAUUACCAAGAAACCUGAAUGAUGAAUUAUAGAAUUAUGUUUACGUAUGUAUCCACUUAGGUUAUUAUAUUUCAAAUGAAGCUUGUACAAAUGCAGAAAACGCAACUUACCAUACUUCAGCAUCGCUACAAAUCUUUGAUGAUAAAAUAGAUAUUGUUUUCUCGAUUAAAUGUUUUUUUUUUUCAAUAUAGCAAACUCAAAAAACCGAGUGAAAUUAAUGUUCAUUCAGCAAAGCUUGUGUCUCCUAAAAUCUUACUUAAAGUUUGUUCUACUACUGAGAGCAGUUUAAUGAGCAUGGCUAGUAAAAACACAGACAGAAGAAAAGCAGCGGAGAAUUGUGUGUCUAGAGUAGCUGAAUUCACUGUGUACUUGUUAUAGAGAAAAGAUGCAUUUGAUGAGGGUGCUGAAGAAUAGUUUUCUGUUUGGCACAGGGUAAAGUCCAAUCUGAAAAAGUUUCGUAGUAUACAAUACAGUUUAAUUCGGAAUACAGCUGAUUUUUGAACAACUUUGCAAUGUACAGCAGGAUGUUGAUUUUAUCAUUCUAUCAUUAGAGCAGUAUUCAACAGAAAAACAAAAUCUAAAGUUUCAUGGAACUUUUGCAACCUAAGAAGAAAUAGUCUUGAAGAACGGUGCAUAAUAUCAUUCAACAGUCUCUAAUGAAAUUUUACAGUUUGAAAUACCUAAUACACUAAGGUCGCUUUUUACGCGGUUUUUUUUUACGCAAAUUCCGGAAUUUACGCGGUUUUUUACGCGGAAUCCGGAAUUUACGCGGUUUUUUUAUACGCGGAUUCCAGAAUUUACGCGGUUUUUUAUACGCGGAUUCCGGAAUUUACGCGGUAUUUUUUGUGCGGAUUUCGGUUUCCCUUCACUCGGAAUGCAAAAUUAACGCUGGUUUUUUUUUACGCGGAUUUUUUUUACGCGGAUUCCGGAAUUUACGCAGUAUUUUACGCGGCAUGUA